GUCUCCUAGCAACGGCGAUGUCUCCAUGGUAACUCCAGAUCCGUCUGUCGGAAAGAUUUGAUGGGAUAAUUCAGGCAACAAAAUCCGAAAAAAUGCCGUAAAAUAAAGAUGUUUACAGUAAUAAAAAAUAAGCACGCGAAAUGAAUUCGAUAGUGAAACUUAAUUUAAAUGUCUGAAUGACUUUGGCAGAGCGAGACGAUGCAGCGACUCGGACACGAGCGCGUGAGAGUUCUGCAGUGAAGUGAUGCUCUACGACUGAAUUGUGCUUGUUUUUCCAAGCUGUCUCUAUUGUGUAAAGACCAGUGAAAUACCGAAUAUUGGGAUGGAGCCUGGUGUCCUCAUAUUUUUACUUUAUCUCAUGAUCGCUCACGAGCUGGUGUGUGGACUGAUGCAGUAUAGGAGACAAGCAGCCAAGCCACAUAAACGACUAAUGUGGCGCUCCAGGUAAGUGCUCGUGUCUGUCGUGGGACCUGGAGAGUCAGUAGCCAGCCGGUGCAUACCAGAAGACGAGUGAAAUAUGGACGUAUUGUGAGGAAAGUGUGACAUGGGGACAUGUUGGUUGUGUUUGUCAAUGAUUCCAGCACUGUGACCACAGACUGAAGCUAUGCUGGGCCACUCACUGCCUUUUAACCAUUCAUGAUUGAAAAGUAUGAUGUUUACAUAUCGGCCACUUACUGUACUUUUGUGCACAUCUAUACUUAAAGGAAUAGUUCACCCAAAAUUGCAAUUCUGUCAUCAGAAUUCUGCCAUUCUGUUUUCUUGGUUUUCAUUUAGUUUAGUUUCGUUAAGUUACUCCCUUCUUUUUGUUUUGUUUUUUGAAGCAUUUCUAAGCUAUUUUUUUUACAUUUUCAGCCUCUUUAAUUCUAAAAAAAAUAAUAUGAUGACAGAAUUCUUUUUUUGGUAGACUAAUUCUUUAAGUACAGUAUAUGUGUUGAAACACAGAUUUUGGCUUCGUUUUUCUUUAAAUAACAUGGUCACUAGUUAUUAUAAGAUGUAGUAGCAACAUCCCCAGAACAGAUCUGAGAACUGUGAUCUUGCUCUGUUAGCACUUUGCAGAGAUUUUCAUCCCAAAUAGCUGUGAUGGGAUUAAACCAAUUCUGAUAAAAGAAAUCUGCUAAAUGAUGACUGAUUUAAUUUGUAAACUUGAUUUGUACGUGAUUUGAAUGUAAUGUUUUUUAUAAAUUUUUCUGCCACCAUCGGUGUUUUGUAAAAUAAUUGCAAUUACUAUAUGCUUUUGGUGUAACACAAGUAUAUGCAAGUUUCCAUGUUAUUGUCUUCUGCAUUUAGCAGACUAUGUAACCAAGUGUGUUAAAUUUUCAAUAAACAUGCAUUUCAGCAUCAGCAAGAGUGUUUGUAGUGAUAGAGAUGAGCUGUCAUAGAAACAGCCAGGAGAACCUGCCAAGCUCUGCAGUAUAAUCAUUUGGCUUGUUGAUUUUUUAGGUCAGAAAGGGUUGAAUUUCCUCUUCAAUACGUCAGACACAAGUCAUUGUAAUUCAUUUUGAGCUUUAACUAAGGCUGCGUUCACAUUUGUCAUUAACAUGCAAUCUCUGUGCUCCGAACAAACAGAUCAGAUCUUCAGACAAACAUGCACACAGCAGUUGACAGUGUUUAAUAAGUCGUGAACUUUAACGACUUGUAUGCCUAGUAAGAUGCAAACAAGACGUUAAAGUACAUGUUUGCUUCCAGAGCGUUUUAUUUUUUUGCAGACAACUGCGUGUCAUUUAUCAGCUCAAGUAAUGGGGUUAUUUAUAUGGAUGUUGUGAAGGCCAGCUCAGCAGGGACUCCCAGAGGAUAUCUGGCCUUGUAUGCUAUUUCAUUCGGAGGUGAAUUGGACUGUAUAAACUCUGCUCCUCUGGGAUGUAUUUUUGCUGAGGUCUCUUUGCAGUGGAAACUUGCUGUGUAAUUACAUGCGCAGAGUUACUGAGGUGAGAAAACUGUCUCAGCAAGCAGAUUCAUUUAAAAGUACCGGUCAUGUCCAACUCUCAUUAUUGUCUCGAGAGAAAUCACAGAGCAGCUUUUAUGAGUUUAAUUUAUAAGGGUAAAAUGAGUCGUCAGGGUCAGGUUUUAGGUCUCCAAUGAUUGCGUCACGUGUCACAUAAGCCUUAAACGUGGUUGUUUCAGCAAACAGGUUACAGUCUUAGGCCUAUGGACUGGAGCCAAGUACAAUAACUUCUCUGACUUCAGCGUUUGCUGUAAAUCUGGUCUAGCAUGUCUUCCGUACCUGACAACUCUUGUCUCCGAAAGGCCGUCCGCCAGCAUUAUCUCAGUCUGGCCCGGGGAGACCACUGUCAGCUCACUUAUGUCUGGAUCGAUGGCUCCGGGGAGGGUCUGCGUAGCAAGUCUCGAACCAUGGAUUCGGAACCAAACAGCAUAGUUGAUCUACCGGAGUGGGAGUUCGAUGGGUCCAGUACAGGACAGGCCGUAGGAUCUAACAGUGACAUGUUACUCAUUCCUGUUAGCAUGUUUAGGGACCCCUUCCUUUUGGAUCCUAACAAACUGGUCCUGUGUGAGGUGGUGAAGCACACCCGAGAGCCUGCAGAAUCAAACCAUCGUAAUAGCUGUAACAAGGUCCUGGAGAUGGUCAAAGAGGAGCUCCACCCCUGGUUUGGGAUGGAGCAGGAGUAUACACUUUUAGGAGUGGAUGGACACCCCUACAGCUGGCCCAGACUUGGCUUCCCGAAGCCACAAGGUCCAUAUUACUGCGGUGUUGGUGCUGACAGGGCCUUUGGCAGAGACAUUGUGGAGUGUCAUUUCAAAGCCUGUCUGUAUGCUGGCAUCAAAAUCAGUGGCACUAAUGCAGAGGUCAUGCCCUCUCAGUGGGAGUUCCAGGUGGGACCGUGUGAGGGAAUCGAGAUGGGGGAUCAACUGUGGAUGGCUCGAUUCUUGUUGCACAGAGUGUGUGAAGAUUUUGGUGUGGUGGCCACUUUUGAUCCAAAACCAAUGGAAGGAGACUGGAACGGAGCCGGUUGUCACACCAAUGUGAGCACUGUGCACACCAGAAAAGAAGGAGGAAUUGAGCACAUUGAGCAUGCCAUCGAGAAACUGAGAAAGCGUCAUGUCGAGCAUAUUCGAGUCUACGAUCCACACGGUGGUGAGGAUAACAAGCGACGCCUCACGGGUCUUCACGAGACCUCCAGCAUCCAUGAUUUCUCUGCAGGUGUUGCUGAUCGAGGUGCCAGCAUCCGCAUCCCCCGUCUGGUGGCGCAGGACAAAUGCGGUUACUUUGAGGACCGCCGUCCUGCUGCCAACUGUGACCCGUAUGUUGUGAUCUGUGCAAUCGCCCGCACGUGCAUGCUGGAGGAGGAAGAUGAUGUGCAUGAAUUGGAAUGAUACAAUCUACACAACCAAUAGCAGAUAUUGGAAUGUCGUGUAGGGCAUAUUUACUUAUUAUUAGAUUACCUCAUUUUGUUGGAUAAUAUACUGCAUUAUACUUUAUAUUACAUUUGCAUCUGAAAGUGUUAUGUAGAUCAACAGUAAACUUUAAUUAGAAUUUUGAUGUGCUAUGGAAAAAAGCAAUAAACUUUACUUAAACAACUACCCAAUGUACACUAUUAAAUGUAGUUUUCAAAAUCUUAUGAUAGUCCUUAAUGGAUCAUUAAAUUUAAUCACCAUGUUUUAUCCUAUUUUCCCUGUUUUAUUCUUUUGUUUGUGUUGAUGUCACAAUGUAGUAAGCUUAAAAAUGUCAUUAACAGAACCGAUUUUUCUUAUUUUUAAUUAGAUUUAAGAAAUGGAAACUCAACCACACCAAUCAAAAGUACAUAUGGCGCAUACAUUUUGUGUAAGCUACAACCUGAAGCAGUUUCUGACGUCACAACUAUAAAUGAUUAAGAUGAUCUCUGUUGUGUGCAAGUGUAUUUAUUGUCAGAAGAGGAAUUACAUUUCAUUCAAAAUAAAGGAUUUAUCACUCACAUACUGUAUAGAAAGGAAUGU